AUGAUGAAUAUGGAGUUUGAGCUGCUCCGGUGCGACGUAGGGAGUCACCGGGACGCCGCCGCAGCCGCCGACGGGGGGCUUACAGUCAAGGGCGUGUGGAGCCACCUGCGCAGCAAGCUCGAGAGGUCUUGGGAGAACGCGCAGCGGAUCGUACCGAGCGCUGACAACGCGUCGCGGGAGGGCGCUGAGUUCGCAGCGAAAACAGGGAGCACGCUAGACGCAGCCUCUUCCGCGGGCAGCGACGCGGGCAUCGGGUGGCAAGCGCUUGCGGUGGUCACGGCCCCGGUGUCCCACCUCUUCGGGAUGCUGGGAGGGAUGCCCGGGUGGUUCAGCGACGCGGUGUUCGAGGUGAACCAGAAAGGCGGCUCGGCCUACAACGAUCUCUCGCAGCGACUCGUGCUGGUGGAGAACCGCCCCCGCCUCCUGGAGCUGGCCUGCUCGCUGGUCGCCCCGCCCCUCCACCCCCAGCCGCCCGCCGCCCCCGCGACGGCGGCGGCGGCAGCGGGAAUGCCCGCGUUCGUGCCCGGCCUUGUGCGCAAGCUCUGCUCCUCGGACGCCCCUUUCCCCGGGAAGGUGGUGUCUCGCCCUUGCCGCGUGGCAACCGAGGCCAAGGCUUCGGCGCAACAGCCAAGCGGCUGGGUUUCGACGAUGGCGCAGGCGUGGGUCUCUUCGGCUGCUGGUGGUGGUGAUGCUAUUAGCGCAAUCAUCGGCGGGGGCGGCGGCGGAGUUUGCGAGUGCGCGGGCCGCGGCCCGUGCACGAUCCGAGCGUCUCCGGGACGCGAGCCCUGCCUGCACGUGGAGGUGGGGGACGUCAGCAAGCGGGGAGGAAGAAGCGGCGGCGGCGGCGGCGGCGGCGGCUUCAGCGCGGAGAGCGUAGAGUCGACCUCCGCCGUCCGACUCCGCACGUACAGCCUGGCGACGACGGCAGCGGGGGCGGCGUCUCCUAGGGCAAGCUCGGCCGAUGGGCGAGAAUCCGCGGCGGCGACGGCUGUAUCGGACGCGCUGGUAGCCCUCCACGCUUCGGCGGUCAGGCUGGGCCUGCCGCCGAGCGUCGCGGUGCCGGUCUACGCCGCGAUGCUGCUGACGGGAGUGGCGCUCCUGCUCGUGGCCCAGCCCCUCAGCGAGUCCCGGGCGUUCCACUACCUGCUGUCGGCGUUGCUCGGGGGGGUGGUCGGGGCGGCGGCGGCGGUGCUGCGCGCCGUCAAGAACCCUCGCCGGUCUUUGCUCAGGUUCCUGAUGUUGGGCGGGGUCGUGACGUGGCUUGUGGUGGCGGCAGGGGUAGACCACAUCCCGUCUCCUGCCGAGCUGCUCAGCAACCUACCCGGCGUGAUGUUGGCGUUCUGGAAAAUGGGGUUGUCGAGCUUCCCCUGGGCGGGCAAGGCGUUCUUCGCGGCGUCGGGGCUGGCGGGCGUGCUCACCACGUGGCGGCAGGGGCUGUUCCUGGAGGAGGCGGACGAGGCUCGCGGAACCUGGUUCAAUGGCCAGGCGUGCAUCCGCAGGGUGCUGACCUUCUCAGGCGUUUUCUUGGUAUACAAUGGCGUUUCUGACACAGACGUCGGGAUGGCACUGGUGGUUUUGGCCCUGAUGGCCCCGACCCUCGCCCACUACGCCCGCCGCUACAACAUGUGGUGCAAUAGCUCCAGGUGGUACCGUGCAGGGAAUCAGCUGUCCCAGGAGGAAUACGAAGCGCAGGGGGACGCGUACACCCGCGAAGCGAUAGCCGCCCUGCGCGAGAGCACGUGCAACGACUGGUCCCUCACCAAGAAGGGGCGGGGGGAAGGCCCGGGAGUAUAG